AUGGCCAUGCGAGUGCAGAUGGGGUGUGCUUGGGGCAGGCUUUGUCUGCUGCUCUUCCUUCUCCAGCUGCCAGGUUCCCAGGCCAAGUGCUACUUCCAGGCUAAAGCUCCCUGCGAGUACGAGGGGAAGCAGUUCUCCCUCGGGGAGUCAUGGCUGAGUACCAACUGCCUGCUCUGCACCUGCCUGCACCCCAUCGGCGUGGGCUGCUGUGAGACCCCCAGUGGAGAGGGGGUCCUGUGCGUCUGGCGGCUGCAAAUGCAGCCGAGCAAAUAUCAGAGCCCCGUCGGACUGCAGGAUGCCAGGCCCUGGGGAAUGAGGAGCAGGAGGGGAAGAGUCCACCGGGGUGUUGAGGGUGGUGGGACCUGCCAGAUCUCGGUGGUGCAGAAGGCCAACCCCAGCCUGCCCUGCGUGAAGAGCAUGGAGCACGAGUGGGGCUCAGCCGGCACCCCUGAGCCGCUGAGGGGCGCAGGGCUGAGCAGAUAG